ACAGCUCAAUUGAUGAUCUAGAGUUCCAUAGUUGCCACCCUGACAUCAAAGCCAUGGCGUUGGCGUCAGAUCUGGAGCGCGUGCUCUUGCAUAUACUGCCGAUGCCUGCGAUGAUGGCGCAGGGGCGACUACUAGGCAUGCCAAACCACAUGGAGAUGAUUCGAGACCGCCUCUGGGCUAUCAAUGGCACGAUCUUCGACGCUGAGCUUCGAGCGUUGAAGGAGCCAGAGUUGGAGGAGUGGUUGACCGACGUCGGUGCAACCAUUGUGAGCGUCGACGAUCUGCUCGGUAGGAUCCUUGACUGGCAUCCAAGUGGAGGAGCGAAUGCAACAUCGAAUCGCUUGCCACACUCCAUCUGCAGCAUCAGAGAGGCCUCUCGCCAAGCCAUUCUAUUGGAGCUCAAGGAGAUGGUAAGCAGGCUGAACUAUCUGGUGAGGAGGGGGUCUGUGUUGGGCCUCUCGAAGGAGAUACUGGAGUCUGUGGAUCCACGACAAGAAGAAGAGUACUCCACCGUCCUAAGAGAAGAGGUGGUGGGACGCAACGAGGAUGUAGAAGAAAUCAUCAAGAUUUUGCAGCAACAACAAUCUGGCGAUGGUGUUGAAUGGCUGCUCAUAGAUGGCGGUGAUGGGAGGACGACCCUUGCUCGGUUGAUUUACCACCACUCCUGGGUGCAGGAGCAAUUCCAGCAUCGAAUCUGGGUGGAUGUCCCAAACAUUGCUUCUUUGGAUCCCAUGUGGAUCAUGAGAGAAUUCACGAGAUCAAUAACCGGGGAGCCAUGCGAGGACAUAUGGCUAUUCUACGAUGGAUUCCAUGGAAGCAAAUACUUGCUCGUUCUGGAUGAUCUCAACCUCGAGGAGGAGGACAAGGAUAAGUGGCUCCAAUUGGAGAACUUUCUAUUGCUCGUCGGCGCACCGGGGAGUACCGUGGUCAUUCCUGACCUGCGUUUCAGUGAGCGUAUACUGGGGUUCUCGUACUAUUUGAGCGGCCUAUCGGAGGAUGAUUGGGUAAAAUUGUGCAUGAGACGAGCACUCAUCCGGCCUGAUGAACAGGAAGAAGCAAACGCGAUAAUUCAAUUCUGUAAUAGAAACUAUUAUUCAUCUGAUGGGUCUCCCACGGACGCCAAGAUCUUUGGCUCCAUAUUCAGAUAUACUGAAAUGAAUCGAUGGCAACAACAAAUUGAUGCUCUAAAUGCGCAUCAGUGGGAGGAAGUGAUGCACAACCAGGACACGGCUUUAAUUUUUCUUCAUUACAUGCCACCAACAACGACGCGAUUAGUUUUGUACCGCUGGUUGAUUCUACAAGAUGACAUGCCCAAUUAUAAAGACGUCUCGCACGUCUUAGCUGCUGAAGGCCUUCUGCCAUAUUCAAACGACGAAGGGAUGAUAAGGAAAUAUCUGCAGACCCACAUCUCUGACGAUAUACAUUUUUUAUUUACUGCCACAAAACAAUGCUAUAUCUUGAAGGGGGUUGAUUCAAAUUCAAUAAUCCCACAACAAUGUCUCUAUCUACGUAUGCUUGUCGAUUCUAAUACUAUCACAUUUCCGAAGGUCUUGUCGAAUGGGGUAAACAAGUUGAGAGGUUUGGUACUACAACAGCCGAAGCAGUUGGAUCUCCAACACAAAUAUCAUAUCCUACAUAUUCCAGAAGGUAUGUUUACCGAUCUUGUACAUUUACGUAUAUUAUCUUUACGAGCUGUUAGAGUCCAGCAGCUACCUCAUACAGUGGGCAAUUUGCUUAUCUUGAGAUACCUUAACCUUUCUCAGUCCGAGAUCCAAGUACUUCCUAAAUCCUUGUGCAAGCUCAGGAAUUUACGAGUCUUAAAUUUAGCUCAUUGCGAAAAGCUUCAGAAGCUACCGAGACGAAUGCAUAAUCUUGAGAAUUUGCAUGUUUUAAGACUAGCUUACUGUACAAAGCUUCAAAUGCUACCCAUUUCGGUCACUGGCCUUAUAAAUUUGCAUGAGUUAGACUUGGAAGGUUGUCAAUGGCUUGUCCAGUUGCCUGAAGGUUUGAGUAAUAUGAAAAAGCUAAUGAACCUCAAUGUGUAUAGAUGUCCAUUGAAUCAAAUACCACGUGGAAUAAAUCAGAUGAGUAACCUCCUGAAAUUGUAUGGACAUAUCAUUGUUAGUGGUCUUGGAAAUGCCUUCUCAGAGUUGCAAUCGUUGAUGAAUCUAAAAGAAUUAUGGCUACAAAACCUUGAACAAGUAUCAAAUUCUGAAGAUGCUUCGACUCCUUUAAAGUUGCAUGAUGUACUUCCACGACUCACGUAUUUGAGGUUACAUUGGAAAUGGGUAAAUAUGGAUGACAUAAGAACCUUUGAAUUGGUUUCGCUGCAAGUACUUGAUGGCCUCCAACCCAAUCUAAACUUAAAAAAAUUAGAAAUUAUUUUAUAUGCUGGCCAGGAAUUGCCCGUAUGGAUAAAAGAGAGUUUUGACUAUCUCCACAACUUGAAAGAGAUCAAAUUAAUCGAUCUUAAGAGAUGUAAAAGACUACCAUCACUCGGAGGACUACUCGAUCUCAAAAUUAUUGAGAUUAGUGGUAUGGAUUUAAUCAACGUUGUGGAUGAAGCAUUCUACGGUAACAAUGGAAUGUUUCCCAAGUUGGAAAAACUCACAUUGUCUCAUAUGCCUGCACUAGAAAAAUGGCUAAAAGUGGAGAGAGCAGAACGUUUGUUCCCGAGACUUUAUGAAUUGACACUAAUCGAAUGCCCAAAAUUUAAAGCUUUAGAGGUGAAUCUCGAGAUCAUAAGAUUGAGUGUUUGGUUGAACAAUGAGAUCCUGCGGACAUCAGAAUUCAAGGGUUGGCAUAACCUCCAAAUAUUUAACUUGGAGAUAGUUGGAUGCCAAGAGAUGAGGUGUUUGCCACAGAACAUGCAACGAUGUGUUAAACUCAGAAGCUUGACGAUUAUCGGAUGUGACAAUUUGGACUGUUUGCCGGAGUGGCUGCAAGGAUUUGAACGUCUGAAAUCUUUAUGUAUGUAUGGGUGCAGAGCUCUGUCAUCCAUGCCAGAGAAGCUUAAACGACUGCCAAACGUGGAUGUUAAAGGUUGUCCAAAGCUGCGACUUUAACCAGCGAAGUAGAUAGACUCAAAGACGGCCCGUACUACAUAACCACGGUGUACAUGGUGUGUACAAGGACCAUCUCUCCUGUAUCAUCGACCGGUGUCUCAACGCCGGCCAAGCAACCGGUGCCUAAGCUAUUCACUCCACCGAGAUGUGCAUUGAUGAGCAUUGAUCGACAAAGCCGACGCCGCAGGAAGACAUCAAUCAACAUUACUUUUGCAGUGCCUCUGUCUAUUCGUUUAAUUUAUAUACAAAGCCGACAACACGUCGUGGGCAUUAAUUUAUAUACAAUAAACAAGACAUCCAAUUUGGUAGUGAUUUGACGAUUGCGUUUGUCACAAUUGUCUGCGUAUCUUAAUGUCUAUUCUUGUUUGUCUUCAGAGAGCUUUUUUUUCCCCUUGUUAUAAUUUGUAAAUUUAUCAUUACACAUGCAAUAUUCUGACUUGUGUUAUCUGUGGUGAGA